AGGAAGCACAAAACAAGAUGGCGUCUGGCGGAGAAUACGUUGUUUUGGUUAUUAUGGUUUCUAGGUCUUAAUUACAACGUACAUGUGCACAUGUGUGUCGUUUAACAGAGUAAACGUCGUUAUUAAUUGUUUGUAUGCGGAUACAUUAGUCUGAGUGCACUUUGACGUGCUAGCCUAGCCUGCUGGUUAGCUUAGCUUGUUAGCUGCUAACAAAGAGAGGCGGAAGUGAUCGACACAUCAAAGCAGAGAUCCAAUACAUCUGUGAAGAACAUCUUCACCCUCAGCAACAGAAGUGGAGCUUCAGGAUGCGGACAGAGGAGCCACAGCCCUCCCACAUUAAGAAGGAAGAGAAAUACCUACUGAUGCCCCAUUUUAAAAAGGAAGAGGAGGACCCACUGACACCCCGAUUUAAAGAGGAAGAGGUGGAUCCACUGACCCCUCACAUUCAAGAGGAAGAGGAAGAGCACAGCAUCAGUCAGCAGAGAGAGUAUCUUGAAGGACUGGAGGAGGUUGAUGUCACCAAGAUGCCAGUGACUGGUGUCCCUGUGAAGAGUGAAGGUGAUGAGGUGAAAGGUGAAAGUGAGGAGAGGGGAGGGGGGGAGCCUCCAAGCAGCAGCUCAACACAACACAUGACAACAGAAGCUGAUGGAGACCACUGUGGAGGAUCACAAGCAGACAAGCUCUUAGCUCCACUAUCAGAUAGUGAGGACACAACGUCACACUCUCCUGACACUGAUGAUGAAGACUCUAAAGAUGAUAAGACAUGUCACACUGACAACACUCACUUCACAUCUUCUCUCAGUCACAAAACUUUUAAAUACCAUUGUAGUCUGAAAAGACACAUGAGAACACACACUGGAGAAAAACCUUUUCAUGUUUUAUCUGUAGUAAAGAUUUUACUAAAAGACAAAAUUUGAAAAGACACAUGAGAACACACACUGGAGAAAAACCUUUUUCAUGUUCAAUCUGCAGUAAAGAUUUUACGCAUUGGCACAAUUUGAAAA